AUGAGUCAAAAGCUAAGGGUUCGUCAACUUCUGACCCACGAAGACAUCGGGGAUCGUAAACCGUCUCAAUUUUUGAGACAUUUACAAAAUCUCGCAGGCCCAAACGUUCCAGACGACUUUGUCCGUUCCCUGUGGUCAAGUCGCCUGCCGACUCACAUUCAAGUGAUCCUCGCUUCGCAGCAAAAGAGCACGUUAGAGGAACUCGCAAAGCUAGCGGACACCGUAAGUGACGUCAUCGGAACACAGCAAGUGCACGAGUUGGCCGCACCUACCGCAAACAAUGAGGUAUGCGAACUCAAGCGAGCUGUCGACGAGUUGACACGUCAAGUGGCUGCCCUGUCGUCACCUCCGCACGCGCAGCUAUCGCGUGCCCGUUCUCGCCCGCACGAGCGACACGGCUGGCGCCACCGUUCCCGAAGCCCCGCCUACAACCCUGCAGCUGAUACACUGUGUUGGUACCAUAGAAAGUUUCGAGAAAAAUCUACUAAGUGCCGCGAACCGUGUUUCUUCUCGCGUAAUAGUGUUACGGGAAACGAAUCGGGCAGUCAAUGA